GUUAACACUGUGUCGACUGCCCUGAGGAGUCCAUGCACUUGUUCAUUUGUUCUUUCAUCGUCGUUUUCAAAAUGAUAAAAAUCUAUGCAUUCUCUUGUAUUCUUACUGCUCUGAGUAUUGUGGAGAUGAAGACUCUCAACGUAACCGGAUGUGUUGGGGAAAUGUGACAAUCAACUGCUCAGACUGGGACGUUUGGACUGACGUAAAAAAUAAUGUUAAGUACUUUUGUGUGAGCCCGUGCUCGGAAGAUCAUCACAUCAUCAUCAAAGCAGCACAUGGAGAAACUAAACAUGAAAACGGAAUAACGUUAUUUAACAAAGGAGAAGACCUGUUUGUGACCUUCACUAAUCUCCAAAAGUCAGACUCCAAAACCUACUUUUGUGGACUGGAUAGAGUUGGCUUUGAUAAAUAUAUAAAGGUGAAUCUUCACGUGAAAGAUGUUGCAGUUACAACCAACUCCACGAUGUCUUCAAACAGUUCAGAUAUUAUUACUAAUAUGUCUACGCCAUACACCACCCUCAAUACAACAACACCUGCUGCAUCAGCAACACAAGGAUUUGGAAGAAGUGUACCAUAUUUGGUUAUAGGUGUCAUCGCCAUAUUAACCAUACUGAUGGUCUCACUGAAGCUCAUGAGCAAGAUGAUGAAACAGCAAACGAAAGUGACUUCAAGGGCUGAUACUCCACAAGAAGACGCACAAGAGGAUGUUGAAUACGACGAAAUAAGACCUGAAGACCAGACUGCCCAAGAAGUCCUCUGUGCUAUUUAUUCCCAACACCAAGACACUGAAUUAGCAGCUGAGAGCGAUUAUAGCUACUUAAACGAUCCUUUCAGGUUUGAGGACAAUUCAAGAGGGGCGUGUACAGAGAGCAGAGUCACAUGUGACUUGGUGUACUCUGUUGCUCAACUGCCCGAAGAGCAAAUUCAACCCAUUGGACAAUGUGAACCAAAUCCAUCUGAGAGCAACGAAAAUGACUCUCUCUACUCCCUGGCCCAGCUACCACCGGCAACCUGAAGGAGGAUACUUUCUUGAUCAUUUUUUAUGUAAAAAUGUAGAGAUAUGAUAUGACAAUAGACAGGACAGGAAAGAGAAGGAAAGGAUACAAUUAUAUGUAUAUCCAAACACAAUAUCACUGCCCUCUAUGCUGUCACUAAGUCUGAUUACCAUUGUCUUGCUUUAUGACUCCAUUACUUUAUGGAGUUGGCAUCAUGUUAGCCAAAGGCACUCAGACAAAGAGUGCACACAGACUCAUUCUCACUGAAAUGUUGCCCAUAAAGCUCAGUGAACGAACUGAAAUCUGCCUGUGACAGU